AUGGAUGGAAGAAAUCAGUCUGUAGUGUCCGAAUUUGUUCUUCUGGGACUUUGCCACUCUUGGAAUAUUCAGCUCUUACUCUUCCUAGUAUUUUGUAUGCUUUACCUGAUCAUUGUAUCUGGAAAUAUUGGCAUUCUGAUCUUAAUCAUCACUGAUUCCCAUCUCCAUUUUCCUAUGUACUUCUUUUUGGCCAACCUGUCCUUUGUUGAUAUGUGGCUUUCUUCAGUCACCACUCCUAAGAUGAUCACAGACUUUCUCAGGGAGAACAAGACCAUUCAUUUUGGAGGCUGCAUGUCCCAGAUCUUCUUUUCUCAUUUUAUUGCAGCGUAUGAGAUGGUGCUACUGGUAAUAAUGGCCUAUGACCGCUAUGUGGCAAUCUGCAAACCACUCCACUACUCUACCAUUAUGAGUCUCCAAAAGUGUAUUGCACUGGUGGUGACUGCCUGGAUCAUUGGCUUUGUGCAUUCCAUGAGUCAAGUGGUUGUAAUUGUUCAGCUGCCAUUCUGUGGUCCCAGGGACAUAGACAGCUUCUUCUGUGAUGCACCACUGGUAAUCAAGCUUGCUUGCAUGGAUUCCUAUAAUUUGGAAAUUUUAAUGAAUGUUCACUGUGGGUUUGUGGCUAUAACCUGCUUUAUUCUGUUGCUAAUAUCCUACACAUAUAUUCUUCUCACUGUCCACCAAAGCUCUAAAACUGGGGCAUCUAAGGCACUCUCUACCUGCACUGCCCACGUCACAGUGGUGGUGCUCUUCUUUGGACCCUGCAUCUUCAUCUAUGUGUGGCCACUCAGCACCACCUGGAUAGACAAAUUUCUUGCUGUGUUCUACUCUGUUAUUACACCUCUCCUAAAUCCAGCCAUUUAUACCCUGAGAAAUAAAGAGAUGAAAAAUGCUUUGAAGAGAUUUAGAAGCUAUUACACAGAUUCCAAUGUUAAUAUUUAA